UGCAAUCAUCCACACAAUCAGCCAUCAACUACUCUGAAAACAGAAGAAAAUGACAAAAAGUGGAUAAGCAAGCACCGAACAAGGCGAGCAGACUACACUACCCUUCCGUGCUGCCGGCCGCCGGCCGGCGUGCUCGACCUCAGCCAUGGCGCCCUCCGCCGCCGCUCCCGAGAUCCAGGAGCUCAUCCACCACCCCUACGACGGCCGCGUCACCUCCUUCGUCGUCCUCUCCUGCGUCACCGCCUGCCUCGGCGGCAUCCUCUUCGGCUACGACAUCGGCGUCUCCGGCGGCGUCACGUCGAUGGACGCCUUCUUGGAGCGCUUCUUCCCGGAGGUGUACCGCCGGAUGCACGGCGGCGGCGAGCGCGUCAGCAACUACUGCCGCUUCGACAGCCAGCUGCUCACCGCCUUCACGUCGUCGCUCUACGUCUCCGGCCUCGCCACCACGUUCCUCGCCUCGCACGUCACCGCCAGGCGCGGCCGGCGCGCGUCCAUGCUCGUGGCGGGGGCGGCCAUCGCCGCCGGCGCCACGGUGGGCGCCUCCGCGGCGGGCCUCGCCACGGUGAUCCUCGGGCGCGUCCUGCUCGGCGUCGGCGUCGGGUUCGGCAACCAGGCCGUGCCGCUCUACCUGUCGGAGAUGGCGCCGCCGUCGCGGCGCGGCGCGUUCAGCAACGGGUUCCAGCUCUGCGUCAGCGUCGGGGCGUUCGUGGCGCAGCUGAUCAACUUCGGCGCGGAGAAGAUCGCCGGCGGGUGGGGGUGGCGGGUGUCGCUCGCCGUCGCGGCCGUCCCGGCCGCGUUCCUCGCCGUCGGCGCGGUCUUCCUCCCCGAGACGCCAAACAGCCUCGUCCAGCAAGGCGAGGACCACGGCAAGGUGAGAGCUCUCCUGAGCAAGAUACGAGGCAGCGACGGCGCCGGAGUCGACGACGAGCUUGACGAUAUCGUCGCCGCCGACAGGUGCAAGGUGACAGCGAGGCGCGGGCUGACGCUGAUGCUCACCCACCGCCGCUACCGGCCGCAGCUGGUCAUGGCGGUGAUGAUCCCCUUCUUCCAGCAGAUGACCGGGAUCAACGCCAUCGCGUUCUACGCGCCGGUGCUCCUCCGCACCGUCGGGAUGGGCGAGAGCGCGGCGCUGCUCGCGGUGGUCAUCAAGCAGGUGGUCGGCAUCGGCGCCACGCUGGCAUCCAUGCUCGCCGUCGACCGGUUCGGCCGCCGCACGCUGUUCCUCGCCGGCGGCGCCCAGAUGGUGAUCUCCCAGCUACUCAUCGGCGCCAUCAUGGCGGCGCAGCUCGGCGACGACGGCGAGCUGAGCCAGGCGAGCGCGCUGCUGCUGAUCGUCCUCGUCGCCGUCUACGUCGCCGGCUUCGCGUGGUCGUGGGGGCCACUGGGAUGGCUGGUGCCGAGCGAGAUCUUCCCGCUGGAGGUGAGGUCGGCGGGGCAGAGCAUCGCCGUGGCGGUGAACUUCCUGCUCACGACGGCGGUGGCGCAGUCGUUCUUGGCCAUGCUUUGCCACAUGAAGGCCGGCAUCUUCUUCUUCUUCGCGGCGUGGCUGGUCGCCAUGACCGCCUUCGUCUACCUCCUCUUGCCGGAGACCAAGGGUUUGCCCAUCGAGCAGGUCGGGAAGCUGUGGGCGCGCCAUUGGUUUUGGAGGAGGUUCGUCGUCACCGACUCCGGCGUCGACGGCGAGGAGGAAGGCGAAGCCAUUGACGCCGAUAAGCUCUGAACAGUUAACCGUGCAGAUCACUGACUGACUAUCUGAUUGUCUGACUGAUCCGGCCACGGUUGUUUCAGAACAGAACUGGCUAUAUCCAACAACAUGUGAAGACUAGCUAGCAGCACAUUUUUUAGCUGGAUUUAAGUAUGUAACAAUACAUAUUUGAUUACACAAACCAAUGCUUAAACAAGCAUUUAGUAGUAA